AUGUCUUCCUCUGCCGCCGCUAACGGCCAGAAGCCGUCCUUCGUCGGUGCCAUUGACCAGGGCACCACGAGCACGCGUUUCCUCAUCUUCAACCCCCACGGUGAGGUCGUUGCGACGCACCAGCUUGAGUUCAAGCAAAUCUACCCCAAUCCUGGCUGGCACGAGCACGACCCCGAGGAGCUUGUCUCUUCGGUCGAGGCGUGCAUUGACGGCGCCGUGCAGGCUUUUGAGACCCAGGGCCACUCUCGCAACCAGAUCAAGGCUGUCGGCAUCACCAACCAGAGAGAGACCACCGUUCUCUGGGACAAGACCACCGGCAAGGCUCUGUACAACGCCAUUGUUUGGACUGAUACCCGUACCAAGGACCUCGUCCGCAAGCUCAAGCAGCGUCUCGGCGCUAGCGAGCUCACCCAGCGAUGCGGUCUUCCCCUUUCCACAUACCCCUCCGUCGGCAAGCUUCUCUGGCUCAUUGACAACGUUCCCGAGGUCAAGGAUGCUUACGAGCGCGGUGUUCUGGCUUUUGGUACCGUCGACACCUGGCUGGUCUACAAGCUCAACGGCGGCCCGUCGCGCGAUGUCUACGUCUCUGAUCCCUCCAACGCCGCCCGUACCAUGUUCAUGAACAUCCACACCCUGCAGUACGAUGAGGACCUCAUUGACUGGUUCAGAAUUGACCCCAAGAAGGUCAAGCUGGCCAAGAUUGUGCGCUCGUCCGAUCCCCAGGCCUACGGUACCCUGGCCAACACCGCCCUGAGCGGUACCAAGAUUACUGGCUGCUUGGGUGACCAGUCCGCUGCUCUGGUCGGCCAGAAGGGUUUCACUGCUGGUCUUGCGAAGAACACAUACGGCACUGGAUGCUUCCUGCUGUACAACAUUGGCCCUAAGCCCGUUAUUUCUUCUCACGGUCUGCUCACCACCGUUGCUUUCGACUUUGGCCCCGGCAAGACCAUGUACGCCCUUGAGGGCAGCAUUGCUGUAGCCGGAUCUAGUGUCAAGUUCCUGGUGGACAAUUUUGGCUUCAUGGAGUCGUCCUCUAAGCUCAGCGCCCUCGCCGAGACUGUCGAGGACAACGGCGGUUGCACAUUCGUUACCGCUUUCAGCGGUCUCUUCGCCCCUUACUGGAUCGACGAUGCGCGGGGUACCAUCUUCGGUAUCACGGCAUACACCCAGCGUGGUCACAUUGCUCGCGCCACCCUCGAGGCUACCUGCUUCCAGACCAAGGCCAUCUUGGACUCCAUGGAGAAGGACAGUGGCGCCGCUCUCACCGAGCUCGCCGUCGACGGUGGCAUGUGUAACUCCGACCUCGUCAUGCAGACCCAGUCCGACAUCAUUGGCAUCCCUGUCAACCGUCCAGGCAUGCGUGAGACCACUGCCCUCGGCGCGGCCAUCGCGGCAGGCUUCGCUGUGGGCGUAUGGAAGAGCUUCGACGAGCUUAACGACGUCAACCUGGAGGGUCGCACCAUCUUCAAGCCCCAGAUCACGGACGAGGAGGCUGGCAAGCGCUUCGGCCGCUGGGAGAAGGCUGUUCAGAUGAGCAAGGGCUGGUCAAGCUAA